AUGAUGCUUCAAGGAAUGCUGGCGUUUGUAUCUGUGGUGGCCCUCGUGACGCUGAUUCAAGGUGGUACGGUCAAUGCUAUUUUACUGCCAAAUGUUCAUCCGCAAACUUUUUCAAAGGACGAAGUAGUUCCUAUUCAAGUGAAUGUGUUGACCUCUGUGCGGACGCACCUGCCCUACGAUUAUUACAGUGCCCUUCCAACGUGUCUUCCGAAGGUAUCCAUUGGGGGUAAAGUCGGUAACAUUGGUGGUGUGCUGAUGGGGGACCGUAUCAAGUCGUCACCAUACGAAAACACCCGUUUAUUAAGGAACAUUACUUGUGCGACAAUUUGCGAAAAAAAGGUUGAAGAUGAAAAGCAGCGAAACUUUUUAAUUAAAGCUAUCAAGGCAAAUUACCGGAUCAAUCUGCUUCUGGAUGGACUUCCUCUUGCAGAGGUCAACAGAAAAAAAGAGUAUGUUAUUGGAGUCCCUCUUGGAUAUAUGGAUCAUGGUAUCAAGUAUGUUAACAACCACAUACAUUUUACCAUCAAGUAUACUUCAGAAGAAGUGAAGGGAGCCGAUGGGGAUGUUGAAACAAAGUACAGGAUUUUGUCAUUUGUUGGCCAGCCUUACUCUUUGGAGCAUCGUCCGGAGCAUGCAUGUGAGUCCUUAAUGACUGGAAAGGCGCUUGCUUCUAUUCAUCCAUUACCUGCAACAAGUGACCGUAUUACAUGGAGCUACGGUGUGUCUUGGGUUCGGGGGGAUGACAAAUGGUCUUCUAGGUGGGAUGUUUACUUGAAUGUUCAUCGGCACAAUAUUCACUGGUACUCCAUCAUUAAUUCUACAUUUUUUGUGGCUUUUCUUACGGUGCUUAUUGCAGCUUCCAUGUUCCGUGUUGUUCGUCGAGACUUGAGGAAAAUAAGUGGCAUUGAUUUGGAUAACGAUGAUGCACCUGAAGAUUCUGGAUGGAAAUUGUUGAACCGUGAUGUGUUUCGUCCUCCACCAAAUGGGUGGCUUCUUGCCUGUUUUACAGGAACUGGGGUGCAACUCAUAGGGAUGGCCUGCACUGUACUGAUUUUUGCGUCACUCGGCUUCUUCUCUCCACAAAGUCGUGGAAGUCUGUUUACUGCUGUUCUUGUAUGCUUCGCAUUUCUGGGGUUGUACGCUGGAUACACAUCAGCACGAUUACUCAAGCUCUGGAAUGCAACGAAGUGGAAAUAUGUGUUUGCCACAGGCACCGUUGUCCCUGCAAUGGCAUUCGGAACGUUUUUUGUUAUGAAUUUUCUUGUGUGGUCUCAGUCAAGCAGUGCAGCCGUUCCGUUUUUUUCAUUGACUGUAGUCAUGGGAAUAUGGAUCUUUAUCAACGUUCCUCUGGUGUUCCUAGGUGCAAUAUUGGGCUUUAAGCGAGGUACAAUAUCGGUUCCUUCGCCAUACAAUCAAAUUCCACGUCAUGUCCCUCUGCAACCUUGGUACACCUCAAAGGCUGUCGUAUUAUUAUCUGGAUUCCCUCCAUUUGCUGCCGUGUUUAUUGAAGUCUACUUCAUUCUUGGUGCGCUGUGGCUAAACAGAUACUAUUACGUAUUUGGCUUUCUUUUACUCGUUGGCUUUAUUAUGCUCUUGACCUCGUCAGAAAUAGCAAUAGUCAUGGUUUAUCUUUCUUUGUGCGCAGAAGAUUAUCGCUGGUGGUGGCGGGCAUUUUUCAUAGGAGCAAGUUCUGGGGUCUUUCUGUUCUUGUACUCGGUUUUUUAUGUUGUUGUGGGGAACUUGCACAUAGAGGGGUUGGUUCCGAUGAUGCUGUACUUGAGCUAUAUGGCCUUGCUAAGUUUCCUCUUUGCGGUCACAACAGGAGCCGUUGGGUUCCUUGCGUGCUUCUGGUUUGUACGCUAUAUAUAUCGGUAUAUCAAGGUUGAUUAG